AGUGCAAUGGCCACACAAACACAGACUCAGCUGCAGACGCUGCAGCAGACACAGACACAGACAUCGACACUGUGCCACCCGCACAGCAUUGGCAUCCAGCUGCAGCACAAGGGCAUGCCCCAUGGCCUGGGCCUGCUUACCACAGUGGCCUCGCUGCCGCCCAAGUACCGCAGUCGGUAUCUGAAUCUGAAAAGCAAGUGUGAAAUUCCGCUGGAUCUCUCGGUGAAGCCACCAACACCCACAAUGGAGCUGCACGAGGAGGAGCAGGAGCUGCAGGAGCUGCAGGAGCUGCAGCAUCCAAUUAGCGAUGCGAUGGAUGUGCCAAUGGCCACCGCAUUCGCUGAGGUAUACAGCAGCGAAGCUGUGGUGCAGCAGCAGGAAGAGCAGCAGCAGCAGCAGCAGGAAGAGCAACAGCACACCAUCACCCCACCGCAGAGUCCUGAACCGAGGCUGAAGCGUAAAUUGAGCGCCACCGAUGACGAUAACGAUGAUGAUGAUGAUGUCCAGCAUGCUGCCAAGCUGCCCAAAACCCAAAAGGAGAAGGAAGAGCAGCUGGAGCUGCCCUCAACCAGCAGGGCGGCAGCCGCUGCGACCCUUGUGGAGGCCACACCUGCCAAACCCAUUAAAGUCUGUGAACCGCCCAGGACCAGCAAGGCGGCGACCUCGGGCAAGUCCUCGUCGCGGAAUAAGGCCACGCGCAAGCUGAAAUUCGACGAGGAGACAAGCUCGCCCGUCUCGGGCACAGUCAUACGGCCCCUGGAGGACAUCACCGAUGGCACGAUGCAGUACAGCAACGGGGACAUCGAUCCCAAGUACAACAUUGUGGAGAUCACCGAGGAGACGAAGGCGGAGCUGGCGGCCAUCAAGAAUGUCAUUGGGGACUAUGUCUGCCGGUUGUGUCGCAUCAGGUUCGAGGAUGCCUUCGGUCUGGCGCGGCAUCGGUGUGCGUGCAUUGUGCUGCUGGAGUACCGCUGCCCCGAGUGUGGCAAGCAGUUCAAUUGCCCCGCGAAUCUGGCCUCACAUCGCCGGUGGCACAAGCCCAAGAAGGAGGCGGCGGGCGUGAAAAAGGAGAACCAGCAGCCGGCAGCAGCAGCAGCAGCGAAGGCUGGAGGCGGUGGUGGUGCCAACAAGAAGGCUGCUGCUGGGGCUGAGGAGGCUGCCACUGGCGGUGGCUUUGAUUGCUCCGAUUGUGGCAAGAAGUUCAAGCGGGCGGCGUACCUCAGGAAGCAUCAGCUGACGCACGCCAAGAAGGGAGCAGCCACCCAGGAGCAAUCCAAGGAGUUGCCACAGACAACCAUCAGGGCGGUGUUCAAGGCCACGCCAUACAGUGGAGGCGCCUCCACGUCCUCGUCAUCAUCCUCCUCUGCCAGCAGCAUGCACUCGCAGUCCACGCACGAGGACGAGGGCGUGUACGUUGUGGCAACGACCAGCACCAGCACCAACGCCACCUCAGCCACAAGGAGCAGCAGCAGCAGCCACUACGAAGGCGACUACGAGGCCGACUACCUGUCCGACAGCAGCUCCUCGGCCUCCUCGACGGGCUAUGGCCGCCUGCAGAUCGUGGAGCAUGGCCUCACCGAGGAGGAGAGCAUUGCAGCGGCGGCACUCACCAAUCUAAGGAACUGCGCUUCCGUCAUACAGCACACAACGAUGGCGCACUAAACAGAGAGAGACAGAGAGAGAUAGUCCAUGAGUGAGUUUUGAGGUUGAGUUUUACUUAAGUUUUAGUUAUAGUUUAAGUUUUAGUUAUUAGUUAUACACACCCACCCCCCUUCCCACCAGUGAGGGGGGGCCGCAACUGCAGCUGAAACAAACCAAAGAAUUUAGUUUUACUCGUGGCAUAGAAGACGCCUCUAUUUUAUCACUUAGUUACACAUUAGUUAGUUGUAAUGUUUGUGUUUAGUUGACGAUUUCGUUUCCAUUACCCAAAAUGAGUUCAAUUCUAGUCAAACUCUUUCCCUCUGCCUCUGCCUCUCCCUCGAGAGAGAGUGAGAGAAAGAGUCUCCUUCGAACUUCAGUCAAACAUUCCCCCAAUUGUCUUUAGUCUCUAGUUUUUAGUCAGUGUUUAACCAAAGAAUAUGUGGCACUAGUCAGCUUCAAUAUGAUCUCGUACCAGGCAGCAGGCAUUUCCAAUACCAUUCCCCCUCUAGUCAUUAGGCAUAGAUACUCGUAGAUAUCUCUAGUCAUUUAGGAGCAGAACGGAAGCACAGCAGAGUCCUCUAGUCAGUGAAAAAGGAGUGCAAUGCAACACCUUAAACUCUCUUGAUCUAUAUUCAUGCUUUAGCCUCAAACUAUUCUCUUCAAACCUUCAUGCAUCUCUUCUCAUAUUCUCAUCUAAAUAUGCCUCAUUUUCAACACAUCUCUAAGUCAUUUCCGAUCAUCUUUAUCCACUUGUCACUCUCUUCACUCACCAUUUCUCUUCACAUUAUUUCACACUCAUCAUUCUUUACUCAUCCUUUCUACCCCUUGUAUUCCAUCUUUCCAUCUUCUAUUCUCAUCUUUCAUUAAUCAUCUGCCCCUUCUGCCUCAUCAUUCCAUUGCUUCAUUACCACUUUAUUCCCUUCUAUAUCUUACCCACAUAUCAUCCAUUUCUAAACCCUGCCGCAAACCUUCUUCUUCAUGUCUUUUCUAGUCCUUAGUUCUACUUGCAUCUCCUUCUAGUCAUCAUCUAGUCAUAGAUAUUUUAUAGUCAGGCCCCCCCCCCCACCCAUUUCGAUCUCGCUCUAAGUUUUGUACAUGCUAAAAGAUAUAUCUUUUCUUCAAUUUCGGCUACAGCUUUAGUUCUACAUAUAAUACGUACUCUAGAUAUUUCUCUAGUUAUUUUUUAAAUUUAAAACCAAAAAAAUUCAGGCGAAAAUUGUGCAGUAAUAGUUUUUAAGUUCGAAAAACCAAACCAAAAACCAAAAAUCUUUAGUUUAGUAAAAAGGCAGGAGAAACCAGUGUUGCUAUAAACCAAAAAAAAUUCGAGUGUGAACUCUAGUCAUUUUUUCAUAGUUAGCAACGUAAGAUGGGGAGUGCCCCCGUCUGUCUGUAUGCAUCUGCGGGUAGCUCCCCCUUCAAUUCUUCAUAGCCAUUCCACCCACCCAGUUAUAGUGCUAGUUUUAGUUUAACUUUAGUUUUAGUUAUAGUUUUAGUUUAUGGACAUUACGGACCAGCGUCUCACUACCAGUCAAAGUAUUGAAAAUAGUACAACACGUCUAGCUAUAGAACGGACACACACUCCUCGUCGUAUGUACUACAGGGUGGGCUAUCCAUCCAUCUAUCCUGUAUGCCAGAGGCAGAACAGAACCUGCGGUUGUGUACUUAAUUACUUACUAAAACCCUAAACACAGAGAGGGAUACAGAAAGGGUGGAGAGAGAGAGAGCAAUAUCACAGCAUUAUUGUUCCUUCAAAUGAAAUGUAUAAUUAUAAUUUUAAAUGUAAAAAAAAAUCGGUUGUAACCCCUGUAACACACCAGAGUACAACGAAACAAAUGGGAAACUUUCGCUCAAAAAUAGAACAUAAGUUAUAAAUAUACAAUCCAUAUACGAUCUAUAUAUAUAUAUACAUAUAUGUAUGUAGGUAUCUAAUAUAUAGGUAUAAUAUCAAUGGAUAAUCUCAUAUCUAAAAUGGUUGAUGAUCGAUGAUUCUUGUGAUACUAAACGUUUAAGAAGCUAAGCCUAAAGUUUACAAAUUACAAAUUAAAAAUUACAUAAAGCAAAAUGAUUUUAUACGUAUUUUGUCUGCUCGCUCGUUUGUGCAUUCAACAAUAAGAUGAACAAAUACAACAAAUAUUUUUGAUAUACGUAAUAUUAUAGUACACCCACCCGCCACGCCCCCAUUUACCUACCGCCCAUAUACAUAUGAAUAUUUACAUACCCCCGCCCCACCACCCCACCUCCACAAAGCCCCAUUAGAUUAUACAUAU